UCAGAGUGCCCCUUUACAUCAGGUAUCCCCAUCAGAGUGCCCCUUUACAUCAGGUAUCCCCAUCAGAGUGCCCCUUUACAUCAGGUAUCCCCAUCAGAGUGCCCCUUUACAUCAGAGUGCCCCUUUUUAUCAGGUUUGCCCAUCAGAGUGCCCCUUUACAUCAGAUAUCCCCAUCAGAGUGCCCCUUUACAUCAGGUAUCCCCAUCAGAGUGCCCCUUUACAUCAGGUAUCCCCAUCAGAGUGCCCCUUUACAUCAGGUAUCCCCAUCACAUAGCCACCUUACAUCAGGUAUUCCCAUCAGAGUGCCCCUUUACAUCAGAGUGCCCCUUUAUAUCAGGUAUCCCCAUCACAUUUCCACCUUACAUCAGGUAUUCCCAUCAGAGUGCCCCUUUACACUCAAAGUACCCCUUUCUAUCAUAUUUCCCCAUCAGAGUGCCCCUUAACAUUAAUUGUGCCCGUCAGAGUGCCCCUUAACAUU